GACAAUCCAGGCUUCUCCUCCGAAUCUAAGGGAUCCAGACUCUCUGCCACCACAGCGAGGCAGGCGCGGUGAGAAGCAGCCCUCUGGGGUCUGUGUGCGCAGGCACGCAGGGCACCCCAGGCAGCAGUGCGUGAGUUGGUGCGGGGCUUCGGGAGGCCUCCCAGGUGUCCCAGCGGCCCGACAACAGUGCGGGAAGGGUAGCGGCGGGCUCUCAGGAGGGCGCCGCGGUGGCCAUGCAGGCCCCUGACGACGGCGACGACGACAGCAAGGCCGUCUCGCAGGCCCCGAACGAAGAUGGCAGUGUGGUGAUCAAGCAGACACCCAUCGAUGAUGGCGCGGAGGGCGGCACAGAGGGACAGGGCCCCCAGCCUCUCCCCCGAGUCCCCGGUUGCCAGGGUAACCUCAGCGGCCGUGAUGGCGAUUGUGGCUCUGACCACAAGGGAGGCGUGGACGAGGGGGCCGGCGCCCCUCCCCAGGCCAGGCGGCAACCAAGGGCCAUGGGACCCGGUGGAGACGCAGCACCUGCGGCCAUGACAUCCUCACAACCCCUGGAGUUCGUUCUCAGUGUUCCUUUCCAGUCUCCCCUGGAGGCAGAGAUGGCCCGCAGGUCGCUGAGCACACACAUCCAACGCCUCCCAGGAGUGGCCCAGAAGGAGCUUUCCGUGAGAGGCAGCACCCUGGCCGUGAGGUGGAUUGCCAACGAUACCGUUUCAUUCCGAUUUUCUGCCAACUCUUUCCUAGACCAGAUUUCCAUGGUGAUCCGAAACGUUCGAGGCUUGCAGGCCCGUCCUCUGCGAAUCUGGGAAAGGGCGAGGGGGGCUAACCUUAUGGCCCUCACUGGGCAAGGCUCAGGGGGCUGACAUGUGGAGUCGUCAGCACAUUAUCAUGUGUGCCUUUGUUCUGUGGGUUCCAGCCUCCUGGUCCAUUUCCUUUCUUCGGCACUGAAAUGUUUGUUACUUCAAAACAUGAAACUGAUCUACUA